AUGUCAGCGAACAUUACCAUCUUGCUCACCAGUCGGCACGAGCUCGAUAUACAAGACGCUCUGGUGCCAUUUGAGCACGUCAGGAUCGAGGAUUGGAUCAAAGAGAUUGAUGAAGACAUCGAGACGUACAUCAACUACAGAUUGGAAAGUGAUCUACGUCUGUCGCGACUCAAGCCAUCAAUUAAGGAUGAAGUUCGAGACAGCAUACAUGGAAAGUCACAUGGCAUUCUAGACGGCGUGUCAGCGCUGCGAACUGUCCGUGACAUACGCACCGCGCUCCAACACAUUCCUCACGAACUCGGGCAAACGUAUGAAAAUAUCCUGGUUCGUGUAUCCGCAGCUGAUGCAGCUAUCGUACGCAAGAUCCUGCUCUGGCUUUGCUUCACCAUGCUGCCGAUAACCUUGGACGAGCUACACUCCGCCAUCGCAAUCGAGCAUGGCCUGGAUGAGCUAGAUGAAGAUUCGUGUCUUAGCAGUGCUCAGGAGAUCGUUGCAGUUUGCGGAUGUCUUAUCACAGUGUCGACUACUGGCUACGUUCGCCUCGCUCACUUGUCUGUCAAAGAUUACCUGCUCUCAGAAGGCAUUCGUAAUGGACCCGCAUCGUCCUUUGCGCUCGGCCAAUUAGCUGGUAAUUGCGAACUCGCCCUGGAUUGCUUCACAUACCUAUCGUACGGCAGCUUCCGCAGCGGGCCGUCCUGCUCAGAGGAAGAUUUCGCGCUUCGUUUGAAGAACUAUCCAUUCCUCCGCCACGCGGCCACGACAUGGACAUACUACCUACGCGCGACCGAAGUAGCGGGAGAACCUUCAAUCCAACUUGAUGAAAAGAUCCUGAGCUUCUUCUCGCCAGAGACUAGCCGGGCUUUCAUGUCCUGGGUACAAGUGCUAAACGCAGGCUCUUCUUCAGGCGGAAGCAGCUGGACUUCGUAUCCGAAACAUGCUACCACGUUAUACUACGCCGCAUCGUUCGGUCUGCUCGAAGUGACUCAACAUCUCAUUGAAGCAGGUGUUGAUCUGAACACACCAGCCAGUCGCUAUGGAGGUACAGCAUUACAUGGCGCGGUUUGUCGCAAUCACAUACCAAUCGUACGCGCCCUGUUAGAAGCCGGUGCAGACGCCGGGCAGAGUGAUUGGGAUAAAGUCACUCCACUGCACACAGCGGCGGUGGAAGGUUAUGUUGAUUGCGCAAUACUACUGCUUCAAUAUGGCGCAGACAGGAAUGCCUUGGACAAAGCUGGUGAGAAACCGAUCGAUUGGGCUAUCAAAGGCGAGCAGGAGUGUCAAAAGAUUUUGGAGACCAAAUUGGGGAUGCUAGACGCGGAUAUGGUAGGUCCGUUGUUAGCUGAUCUCAAAUUUCGCAGAAAGAUCGCUGCGAAUGCUUCCGAAGUGAAGGUGUGGGCUGGAUGGGAUGGGAAAUACAUCCCCGAAUGGUCCAAGUAA